GUGGCGUAAUUGCCUUGUCGUGAGCGUUCUCUGGUCUCUUUUUUCUUUUUGCUGCUGCUUGCCUCCUGAUUCGAAAGCGUUGGUAGUGUGUGCGCGUUGCACGUCUUUCGACAGCCCUACUCUUUGACGUCCAGCGGUGUUUCUCUUCUCCGUAUUUCACGUUUCCUUCCCCUUUAUUUCUGUUCUUUUCUCUGUUGGAUGUUUUUCGUUUUUUUUCUUCACCGAUUUUGACACUCUUUCAAAGGAGCGCAAACGGAGCCCGAUGUUGGAUCGUCACGUGAUCUUUUCUUCUUGUAUUCCCCUUCUGGUCCGUCUCCUUUCGUAAUGCGCUGUUUUGUUCUCUCUCUCUCUCUCUCUCUUCAACGUCAGUGAAUGUAUAUGAUGUUUUCUAUUCGAUUUGUUUACUGUUUUUGUUUUAUUUUCUCUUUUCCUUUUUUCUUUAAGAGCUUUCUGCGAGCUGAAAAUGUCCUUUUCUCGUUUUUCUCAUGCGUUGGUUUUUUGUUUUGUUCUCUCUCUUCAGUCCUCUCCCUCUCUGUUGAUCCCCACCGUUUCUCACGCUUCGUCCUCUCCGUCGCUGAGGCCCUCUUUUUGCGUCCUGCAGUGGAAGCCGCAGCGCAGUCGUCUCCCCGAAGGAAAAUCGAAGCGGACGCGCAGGACAAUGGAAGAAGAAGAACAAAAGCGAAAUAAGCGUUUCGCUGAGUCAAACUCUUAAUACAUAUAUAUAUCUGAUUUCUUUUCUUCGUCUUAGAAGUGCAAGGUGGUCUUCUAAUGAUGGUAGGUGAAUCAAGUGUUGAACAACGCACAGGCUCGCAGCUCAAUUAGCCAAGAGAAAACACACACGAAGCAACACGGAAUUGGUGGGAAGCAAAAAAUGAAAACGAAUGGGUACGGGUUUCCAGUGCCCACGCUUUCUCCUUCUCUCUUUUUCCUUUUUGAAAAUGUGAUUUCUCGUCCGUUCGUUUCUUCCCACUUGAUGGCGUCCAUCUGCAACUGUAUCUAAAAAGAAAAAGAAGGAAGAAACAUGAGAAAAAGCACACACGGCAGCUGUCGUAGGCUUUCACACUCAUUACGCGCCGACUGACGCUGUGCAGAGGAGGGAAAGCGAACGGGGAAAUAAGGAGAAAAAAAGCUGAGGCAUAGUGAGCCUUCUUCUUUUUCCUCCCUUUUACAGGGUUGGCAUGAAUAAGACAACCGUUGGGUAUACGAAGGGUGUUGAUGCUUUGCUCUCCUCCACCCUCUCUGCGUCUGCUGCGUGAUCAACUUCUGUCUUCCCGGGCGCUUCAUCUCGUCGACCUGAUUUGUGGUCGCAUGUACCGCUGCUGUGUUAUCGGGUACCAGGGAUCAACGCGUGCUCUCCUUCUUCCGCCGCAGUUACGCGUGGGCGCGGCAGCGCAGCUCGAAUAAAGUCCGUCAUUUCCUCAUUAUUAUUUUAAUUAUAGCUGGUUUGGUUUCCUCCUCUCUCUCUCAUUCUUCAUUUUUAGCUGUUGUGCCUUCCGCGCUGUUUCUGUGUCGCGCACGCACCGCAUUUUCAUUCUUUUCCCGUGAGGCUGCGCACUUCCCCAACCAAAAGUGCCGCAGCUCUACGAGGCGCGACGGCAAAACGAAGCAGCAAGAGCAGCAGAGUCGCAUCGCACUCGCAAAGCACCCUUACCGCCUUUGCUGUAACCCUGCAUCGUAUUUUUCAUCUUCACAUCGUAUUAUUGUUAGUAUCCUUUUUAGCACCGUGCGCGUCUGCCAUUGGGCCCAUCCAGACUAUGCGCUUUACAGGUCUUCUCCGCCGCACGUCUCGCAAGGGACCGGGGAGCUGGUCGGAGCCGAUCCUUCUGCACUCCCGUCACCGUUCCAGCGAGGGCAGCCCGCGGCCAACGCACGACGCGGACACCGCCGCCACCGCCGCCGCUUCUCCCGGUGCGUACGCACCAAAGGGACACGUCAAACGGAAGGGCGUAGGCCGCAGCCCCAACGCGGCGGGUGCCGUCUCGUCCGCCUCCGCGUCUUCUUCCGCCGCCGCCUUCUUCGAUGGGGCGGACAACGCCUACCAGUACGCGAGUGCGCGCGGCCUCGACAGCGGCCACGGCGAGAUCCACCACCCCUCCCACUACAACUGGAAGGCGGACCCCGCGCUGAACAACCCACCACCGCAGAUGGACUUUGCGCGGGGCAGCCUGCGCGGGGAGGGACACGGCAGCGUGCCGCACGGCGUGAAGCGCGUGACGGACUCCAUUCCGCCCAUUCACGAUUUUCUCAAAGGCGGCGGGGAGGCGGGGGAGAGCCGCCAACACGGCACGGGCACGAACUGGCUCGGCGGGGAUCGCGGGAAGGCGAUCCCUGACACCCUGGAACGGGCCACGAUGCAGCACUCCUUCGGUGCCGGGGAGUUCUCCAUGGUGGACCGCCAGAAGGUGACCUUGACGCGUUUUCUGCGUCUUCUCAUGGACGCCACACUGAAGCCGCGUGACGCCGACAGUCGCGUCUUUGGCGGCGACGGCGCCACGAAGCUGGCCGAGCAGCGCGAGGAGCUCAAAACCUUGGAUCAGCGAAUUGCACCCUUUCAGCACGAUGAACUGCUGAACGACUACCUCAAGAACAUGGACCGGCUGCACACCCCGAGCGGAGCCAUAUGCGAGCGAGAGGUGCUCCUGGGCAGAUUGGUGGGGAUUCUCUUCUUCACCGAGUCGGAGCGCUCGCUGGACUUCAUGCGGCGCCUCCAGCCUUUUCACAAAACACACAGCCCCGACUUUGUCGUGGUGGCCGUCUCGCUGGCCGGGAAGGAGAUGAUGGACGUGACGCGGUCGCUUGGCUUUUUCCACUGCACCCACCGUGACGGCGCGACGUGGGUGACGCGUGAUUGCGGGCUGAUGAUUCGGCCCUUUAUGCCUCUGCCUCGACUUCUGAUUGUGAACGGCACGACAGGAAUCGAGGUGACCCGCGGUGGGGUGACGGCGGUGGUAGCGAACCCGUCUACGUGCUUUCAAGCCUGGCGGCGUGGAGACCGCGGCUACAGCUAUCGAGAUUUUCUGCAGUCCAUGUAUCUGUAG